UCAGCUGUCAACUUGGUUGAGUCUUUUUCCUCUUGUGAAAUGGCCUUGUAUUGCAUGUCCUAAUUGCCCACGAUACAUGACUUUCUUCCACAGAGACCAACUUUCCAAAACAAGGUGCCGUGUAAAAUAAGAAAACCAAGUCUAACAAAUAUAGGCUUACUUAUUAUCAGUACAGAAACGUAUCCUGUACUUUUACGUUUUGGUUCUUCCAUCUCCUCUGCAUAAUUUCUUUGAAAAAGUAUAGUCUCAGAAUAUCAAUGCAAGCCUUGAGAAACCUUUUUGUGUGCUUCUUGUUAUUCUCCUUCUUAAGAAUUUCAACUACAUCCACCCUAGACACAAUCACUCCAAGUAGAUAUAUUAGAGAUGGUGAAACUCUAGUUUCUGCAGGUGGAAGUUUUGAACUUGGAUUCUUUAGCCCCGGUGCAUCCGAAGGCCGAUACUUGGGAAUCUGGUACACUUUUGAUACUAAGGCAGUUGUAUGGGUAGCCAACAGAGAAACACCACUUGGCGAUUCUUCAGGAGUUUUGAAGGUCACUGAGCAAGGAGUUCUAGUCCUUCUCAAUACCUCAAACAGGAUUGUAUGGUCAUCAAAUUCAUCAACAACUGCAGGGAAUCCAGUGUCUCAACUCUUGGAUUCAGGAAAUCUUGUUGUGAAAGAUGGAAAUGAAACUAACCCUGAUAAAUUCUUGUGGCAGAGUUUUGAUUAUCCUUGUGACACAUUCCUACCAGAAAUGAAGCUUGGUUGGGACUCAAGUACUGGUUUAGAUAGGUACGUCUCUUCUUGGAGGAGCACAGAAGAUCCUGCUCCAGGAGAGUUUUCAUUACGGAUGGAUCGUCGUGGUUUCCCGCAAGUUGAUACUAUGAAAGGAGCUAAGAUAAUGGCUACAGCAGGGUCAUGGAACGGCAUUUAUUUUACAGCAUAUCCAUAUCCUCCACAAACACGGGAAAACCAAAUACUUGGGUAUAAAUUUGUGUUGGACAAGGAUGAGAUCUAUUAUGAGUACAGACUCCUAAACAGGUCCAUGUUCUCAAGAUACGUACUGAAUCCAUCAGGCACUGCACAGCGAUUCACAUGGGUGCACCAAACACAUAGUUGGGAACUUUCCUCUACAUUCCAAGCAGAUCAGUGUCAAAAUUAUGCCUUGUGUGGCGCAUAUACUAGUUGCAAUAUGAAUGUCUCUCCCUCAUGUGCAUGCUUGAAGGGAUUUGUACCAAAAUCUCCAAAAGAUUGGAAUUCGGGAUAUUGGUCUGGUGGGUGUGUUCGAAAGAUUCCAUUGGCUUGCAGCUAUGGAGAUGACUUCCUAAAGUACACUGGUGUUAAAUUGCCAGACACAUCUUCCUCAUGGUUUGAUAAGAGCAGGAGCCUCAAGGAAUGUAAGGGAUUAUGUUUGAAAAACUGCUCAUGUACGGCAUAUGCAAAUUUAGAUAUCAGGGAGGGAGGAACUGGCUGCUGGCUUUGGUUUGGUAACCUCACUGACAUAAGACAAUUCAAUCCCGGUGGUGGUCAAGACCUCUAUAUACGGAUGGCAGCUUCAGAACUUGACGGAAUUGAGAAAAAGAGCAAGUUCAACAGGGAAAAGCUACCUGGAAUUCUCAUCAGCUCUGCAGUUUUUCUUGUUGGAACAUUAAUAACUGGAUUGAUAUUGUAUAUACGGAAGAAGAAACUCAGAAAUCAAGGAGUCAGAAGCAUAGAUUGCAGAAAAGAUUACCUUGGAGAAGACAGGGAAGACAUGGAGUUACCACUAUUUGAUUUGAGCACCGUAGCUAAAGCCACCAAUGACUUUUCAAGCAGCAACAAGCUGGGAGAAGGUGGUUUUGGACCUGUGUACAAGGGUACAUUGAUAGGAGGGAAAGAAAUUGCAGUGAAAAGGCUUUCAAAGGAUUCCGGACAAGGACUGCGGGAGUUCAAAAAUGAAGUUAUACUGAUAGCCAGACUUCAGCAUCGCAAUCUUGUAAAGCUUUUGGGUUGUUGCAUUCAAGAAGAUGAAAAAAUCUUGAUAUAUGAAUUCAUGCCUAACGGAAGCUUGGACUUCUUUAUUUUUGAUCAAGAGGGACAAAGGUUGCUCGACUGGCCUACGUGCUUCCACAUUAUUGGUGGAAUUGCUAGAGGGCUUCUUUAUCUUCACCAAGACUCUAGAUUAAGGAUUAUCCAUAGAGAUUUGAAAGCUAGCAAUAUCCUGCUUGAUAAUAGUAUGAACCCUAAGAUUUCAGACUUCGGCCUCGCUAAAGCGUUUGGUGGUGAUCAAAGUCAGGGUAAUACAAAAAGAGUGGUUGGAACGUAUGGUUACAUGUCUCCUGAAUAUGCAGUUGAUGGAAUUUUCUCGAUGAAAUCUGAUGUCUUUAGCUUUGGAGUUAUACUGCUAGAGACAUUGAGUAGGGAAAAGAACAGGGGAUUUUCUCACCCAGAUCACCACCUUAACCUUCUUGGACAUGCAUGGACGCUAUGGAUUCAAGAGAAACCAUUGGAACUGAUUGAUAAGACAUUAAGUGAUUCUUGCACCAUAUCUGAAGUUUUAAGGUGUCUUCAUGUCGGGCUGUUAUGUGUGCAAAGAGUACCUGAAGAUAGACCAAGCAUGUCAUCUGUGGUUCUGAUGUUGAGCAGUGAUAUUACCUUGCCUCCACCAAAGCAGCCUGGUUUUUACACUGAACGAAGUGUCCCCGGAUCACCAUCAAGGAUGCCCCGGUGUUCAGCGGAUAAUUUCAUUACAAUGGUAGAGGCGCGGUUACCUGACGUGAUGGUGAUCUUAGACGUUGAGGUUGGAAUGAUCAAUAUGAUUACUGAAAGUCGUUGGAUUUUCAGAGACACAAGUGAAGCUUCGUGGAAGCUGGGGGAGAGGUCUUUUUCCUAUGAGUUUCUUGCUCGAUGGACAGAGAAGGUAUGGCCUUUGGGCUUAAUUUUAAAUUGUAUCCAUAGAGAACAAAACAAGCUAAUAGCCAAUCGUAAGCUUGAGAUUUUCCGUUUUCACUUCUUCCAACUUCUCCGCAUAUAUAUUAUGUAUUGCUUUCUUUCAGUAAAGUUCUGCAUUCUGAUCAGAAUAUCAAUGCAAGCCUUGAGAACCCUUUUUGUAUGCUCAUUAUUAUUCUCCUUCCUGAGAACCUCCACUACAAAUACACUAGACACCAUGUCUCCAAAUCAAUAUAUUAGACAUGAUCAAACUCUAAUUUCAGCAGGUGGAACCUUUCAACUGGGAUUCUUCAGCCCUGGUAAAGUCAAAGGCCAAUACUUGGGGAUAUGGUACACUAUUUCUAAAGAGAUAGUUGUAUGGGUAGCCAACAGAGAAACACCACUUGAUGAUUCUUCAGGAGUUUUAAAGGUCACUGAUCAAGGAGUUAUAGUCCUUCUCAAUAGCUCAAACGGCAUUGUAUGGUCAUCCAACUCAUCAAGAACUGUAGAUAAUCCAGUAUCACAACUAUUGGAUUCAGGAAAUCUUGUUGUGAAAGAUGCAGACGAAACUAACCCUGAUAACUUCUUGUGGCAGAGUUUUGAUUAUCCUUGUGACACAUUCCUACCAGAAAUGAAGCUUGGAUGGGACUUCGUUACUGGUUUUGAAAGGUAUGUUUCUUCUUGGAAGAGCACAGAAGAUCCUGCUCGAGGAGAGUUUUCACUAGGGAUGACUCCUCAUGGUUUACCACAACUUGUUGUUAUGAAGGGAGCUAAGAUACAAACUAGAUCAGGUUCAUGGAACGGCCUUCGAUUAACAGGAUCUAUCAGUCGACCAAACCCACUAUCUGAGUUUGAAUUUUUCUUGAAUAAGGAUGAGGUUUAUUAUGAGUACAGACUCCUAAACAAGUCUAUGCCCUCGAGAUAUACAUUGAACCCAUCUGGCAUUGCACUGUGGUUCACAUGGAUUGAAAACACACAUAGUUGGGAACCAUUCUUUUCAACCCAACAAGACCAGUGUGAAAUUUAUGCCUUCUGUGGUUCAUAUUCUAGCUGUAACAUCAGUAAUGCUCCCGUAUGUACAUGCUUGAAGGGAUUUAUACCAAAAUCGCCAGAACAAUGGAAUUCACAGAAUUGGUCUGAUGGGUGUAUUCGAAAUACUCCGUUAGCUUGCAGCUAUAAUGAUGGCUUCUUUAAAUACACUAGCUUUAAAUUGCCGGACACAUCUUCCUCAUGGUUUGAUAAGAGCAAGAGCCUCAAGGAAUGCAAGGGAUUAUGUUUGGAAAAUUGCUCGUGUAUGGCAUAUGCAAAUUUAGAUAUCAGGGAUGGAGGAAGUGGCUGCUUGCUUUGGUUUGGAGACCUCACUGACAUAAGAACCUUCCAAUCUGAUUCUCAAGACCUCUAUAUACGGCUGGCUUAUUCAGAACUAGAUGAUAUUGAGAAAAAGAGGAAGUUCAACAAGAAAACACAAGCUGGAAUUGUAAUCAGCUCCUUACUUUUUCUAGUGGGAAUGCUAAUAGUGGGGUUUAUCUUGUAUAUACGAAAGAAGAAACUCAGAAAUCAAGUAGCCAGAAGAAAGGAUUACCUUGGAGAAGACCGGGAAGACAUGGAGUUGCCACUAUAUGACUUGAACACGAUAGUUCAUGCCACCAACGGCUUUUCAAGCAGAAACAAGCUGGGAGAAGGCGGGUUUGGACCCGUAUACCAGGGUACAUUGAUAGGAGGGAACGAAAUUGCAGUAAAGAGGCUUUCAAAGGAUUCUGGACAAGGAAUGAGGGAGUUCAAAAAUGAAGUUAUAUUGAUAGCCAAACUUCAGCACCGCAAUCUUGUAAAGCUUCUUGGUUGUUGCACUCAAGACGACGAAAACAUCUUAAUAUAUGAAUUCAUGGCCAACAGAAGCUUGGAUUUCUAUAUUUUUGACCAGGAAAGAGCGAAAUUGCUUACCUGGCCUAAGUGCUUCAGCAUUAUUGAUGGAAUUGCUCGAGGACUUCUUUAUCUUCACCAAGACUCUAGAUUAAGGAUUAUCCAUAGAGAUCUGAAAGCUAGCAAUAUUUUGCUUGAUAAUGAUAUGAACCCAAAGAUUUCUGACUUUGGCCUGGCCAGAAUAUUUGGUGCCGAUCAAAGUCGGGGUAAUACAAAAAGAGUGGUUGGAACAUAUGGCUAUAUGCCCCCUGAAUAUGCAGUAGAUGGAGUUUUCUCGACAAAAUCAGAUGUAUUUAGCUUUGGUGUUGUACUGUUAGAGAUAUUGAGUAGGCAGAAGAACAGGGGAUUUUGGCAUCCAGAUCACCAUCUUAACCUUCUUGGACAUGCAUGGACACUAUGGAUCCAAAAUAUUCCACAGGAACUGAUUGAUAAGUCACUAAGCGAUUCGUGCACCAUAUCCGAAGUGUUACGGUGUCUUCAUGUGGCUCUGUUAUGCGUGCAACAAGUACCUGAAGAUAGACCAAGCAUGUCAUCUGUGGUUCUAAUGCUGAGCAGUGAGGUUGCAUUGCCUCCACCAAAGCAGCCUGGUUUUUACACCGAACGAACUCUACCUGAUGAUCCUUCAAGGGUGCGUGAUUCAUCGGAAAAUAAUUUCAGCACUACAUUGUUAGAGGCUCGGUAGAUGAUCUUCAAUCUUUCUGGUGCCUAUUCAUGCUCCUGUGAACCGUCAAAAAAAUGUGUUUGGCAUGUAAGCUUGACCUGAACCUUGUAGGCUUAGCUGGGAAACAUUGACUUAAGAUUAUUCAUAUUGAGCAACACACA